AUGCCAGCGUCCCCCACUCCUUCGUUGACAACCAUCAACGGUGGUUCCAGAGUCGUGCCCCUGUCAGAGCUGGCAGAGACAAGCCAGAUCAUCCUCUCCAAUAAGCCAAGACUCAUCAACGUCACCCACCAAAUCCCCUACGCCUGUACCCUGAUCGACAGAACUGCCAACUACAGCCCUUCAAUCAAUGGAGGUGGUCUUGGUGGGAGUGGUAGUGGAGGUCUGGGGUCUGCUUCCAGCUCUGGAUCGCCUCCUGCGAACAGAAGGUCGUCGUAUAUCUCUCUCCGUCAGCAGCACCAGGCUGCUGUUGCUGCUGCCGCUGCCGCAAAGAGUCUGGCCUCAUCAGGAGCAACUGCAGGGAUCGAUCCUACUGCGACUGGCGCUGCUACUCCAGAGGCAACACCAACAACAACACCAGCACCAGGAACGCAUGAGGAUGGAGAUUGUACUCUGGAAGGACGACGAGGCCAUUCAGCACUCUACUCUGGGAUCAUGUCGCUUCGCAAGGAUCUGGAAACGAUCCAGAUCGGAUGGGUCGGAGAACUGGCAGAUCAGGACGGCUAUAUUGUUCCCUCCAAGAAUUUGAACGAGUCGCAUAAGCAGGCGAUGAAAGAGAAGUUGUGGGCCAAGGAUAAGGUCGUGCCUAUUUUCUUGGAUGAUAGCCGGGCUGCUGGGCAUUAUGAAGGCUACUGCAAAUCAGUUCUUUGGCCGCUCUUCCAUUACAUCCUCUGGGACGAGGCAACAGAUGGACGCAUCGAAAAAAAGAGCUGGGACGACUAUGUCUUUGUCAACCAGCAGUUUGCCGAUGCCAUUUUCGAGCAAUACCAGACCGGAGACAUCGUGUGGAUCCAUGAUUACCAUCUGUUGCUGGUCCCACACAUGCUCAGACAAAAGCUCCCUGGCGCUGCUAUCGGAGUCUUUAUUCAUGCGCCCUUCCCUUCCUCCGAGAUCUUCAGGUGUCUUCCAAAGCGCGUUGAAAUCUUGAACGGUCUCCUGGGUGCCAAUCAGAUCGGAUUCCAAACUUACUCCUACGCAAGACAUUUCAUCAGUUGCUGCACCCGCGUCAAUGGCUACGAAUCAACUCCUCGGGGCGUUGACGCAAUGGGAUCAACAGUCUGGGUCGGCACCUUCCCUAUCGGUAUCGAUGCGGAGCGAGUCGAGCGUCAACGCAAGGCUGCCGAGGUGUUGCCAAAGAUGGACGCCAUUCGCAAAACAUACAAGGGCAAGCGCAUCAUCGUCGGCCGUGACAAGCUCGACCUGGUCAAGGGUGUCCAACAAAAGUUGCAGGCUUUCGAAAAGUUCUUGAACGACUAUCCAGAGAUGCAGGGAGAGGUUGUCUUGAUCCAGGUGACAUCCCCUCCUCUGGUCGAGAGCCCCAAACUGGAAGCCAAGAUUGCAGAGCAGGUCGCUCACAUCAAUGGAACCUACGGAUCGCUCAACUUUACGCCUGUCCACCAUUACCACCAGCACAUUGAUCGGGACGAGUACUAUGCUCUGCUUUCGGUCGCCGACAUUGGUCUCAUUACAUCUGUUAGGGACGGCAUGAACACGACCUCGCUCGAGUACAUCAUGUGUCAGCAGGAAAAUCACGGUCCACUCAUCUUGAGCGAGUUUACAGGAACUGCUGGCAGCUUGAGUGGUGCAAUGAUGGUCAACCCUUGGGACUACCAGGGUGUCGCCAAGGUCAUCUAUGAUGCCCUCAACCUCAGCGAGGAGGACAAGAUCUCUCGUCACAACCAACUCCACAAGCACGUCAUUACCCACACUGCUCAAUACUGGGCCAAGACCUUUAUUGCCGAGUUGAUCUUGAACGUUGGAACAGGAGAACAGUCCGCGCCCACGCCUUACCUUGACCUCCCUAUCAUCACCGAUCAGUACCACAAAGCCAAGAAGCGCCUCCUCAUGUUUGACUACGACGGAACGUUGACGCCAAUUAGAAAGACGCCUGGAGCAGCUGUUCCUCAGGAGCACAUGCUAAAGGCAUUGGCGGCGCUGUGUGCUGACCCCAAGAACAUUGUGUGGGUCAUUUCAGGAAGAGAUCAGAAGGUGCUGGAGGAGUGGCUUGGACAUAUCCCCAAUCUCGGCUUCAGUGCCGAGCACGGAUCAUUCAUGAGACAGCCUGGGGGUCAAAAAUGGGUUAAUCUGACAGAGUCCUUGGAUAUGGGCUGGAAGAACGAUGUUAUUGAGAUCUUUACCUACUACACCGAGCGGACGCAAGGCUCGUUUAUUGAGCACAAGAGGUCGUCGUUGACGUGGCAUUACCGUAUGGCAGAUCCUGAAUUUGGCGCGUUCCAGGCCAAAGAGUGCCAGAACCACCUGGAGAAUGCGGUCUUGUCCAAGCUCCCCGUCGAGAUUCUUGUGGGAAAGAAGAACUUGGAGGUCCGCCCCACAAUUGUCAACAAGGGAGAGAUCGUCAAGAGGUUGUUGAGUCAGCAUCCGGAUGUCGAGUUUGUGAUGUGUGCAGGUGACGACAAGACGGACGAGGAUAUGUUCCGGGCUCUUGUUGGGCCCAACAACAACAACAACAACGCCAAUGCGGCUCGCAGGAACUCUAACGUGGUGGUGGAGCCUUAUAAUAAUGAGCUGGUGGCAGAGACGGCGGAGAAGAUUGCUAAUGCGACCUUGGCGCAUUCUCGGGAGCACUCGCCUGUGAUGCCCCAGUUGCACCUGUCGAGCGGUCAUAUUGCGAAUGGAUUUGCACCGGGAGUUCAGGAUGCGACUCAUUUGAUACCUCCUCACCACCCUGGCACCGCUGUGAGCGCAGAGACGACCACUACCAGCAGCAGUCUGGCUCCAUCUUCCAAUGACCUGUCAAGGUCUUCGAUCAGCACGCAGGGAUCGGCGGGAUCUUUCUCUGUUGGCAUCAACAACGGCAACAGCAGUGGCAGUGCGUACAAUGGAGAGCGGUUCUCGAUUACGAUUGGACAUGCGUUGAAGAAGACUCUUGCCAACUGGCAUGUUACCAGCCCUGAGGAGUUGAUCCGAGUUCUUGGUAUUUUGUCUGGUACUGUUGACUCGUAA